AAGGGGAGGUGGGGUCCUUUCCUAGGUCGGUCGCGCGGGCAGCGGUUGUGGGCAGCGGAAUCCAGCGACCAUGUAUUACAAGUUUAGUGGCUUCACGCAGAAGUUGGCUGGAGCAUGGGCCUCGGAGGCCUAUAACCCGCAGGGACUAAAGCCUGUGGUUUCCACAGAAGCACCACCCAUCAUAUUUGCCACGCCUACUAAACUGACCUCCAGUUACCCUACAUAUGAUUAUGCUGGGAAGAACAAAGUGCCAGAGUUGCAGAAGUUUUUCCAGAAGCCUGACGGCGUGCCUGUGCACCUCAAGCGCGGCCUGCCUGACCGGAUGCUCUACCGGACCACCAUGGCGCUCACGUUGGGCGGGACCAUCUACUGCCUCGUUGCGCUCUACAUGGCCGCACAGCCCCGGAACAGAUGAGUUGGCCACGUGGGACUCGGUGGCUUUUGGGCACAAACCCUUUGAAUUUUUAUUUUAUUUUCUUCCUUUGGACGAUAUGCUUAACAUUUCUGCAAAAAAGAUGACAGUGUUUUGGUUUAUGAAAUGCACGUGGCCUGUCAGGUGUGAGUGUGUUGAAUUAAAUGUGGCUGCGCCUGGU